AUUCAAACCCAAAUUCCCCGGCAGUAAAAGCACUUGCCGCCCCCAAAACACCUUUCAAACAAACAUUUGAUCCUCCCCUAAGUACUACUUUACACCCCCUGUUUUUUUGACACCUACAUUAUAUAUAGUAUACCCUCCCACACGCCGGCCAUCUUAACCAUUUCCCUCUUCCUCUCCAACUCCAAAAAUAAAAAAGUAGAUCAACAAUAUACAUUAAUGAUCUCCAUCAUCAGUACCUCUGUCACCCCACUUUUGCCUUACCUCAUCUGCUUCGUUGUCUUCCUCAUCUUCUUCGAACAAGUCUCUUACUUGAAGAAGAAAAAAUGGGUCCCUGGUCCUGCGUUUGUCUUUCCCUUCCUCGGCAGCGCUACCUCUUUGGUCCGUCACCCCACCCACUUCUGGGACCUCCAGUCCUCACUCGCCAAGUCCUCCGCUCUAGGCUUCUCCGCUAACUACAUCGUCGGUAGAUUCAUUAUCUUCAUCCGCGACACCGACCUCUCCCAUAAGAUCUUCGCCAAUGUACGACCUGACGCCUUCCAUCUCGUUGGCCACCCGUUUGGUAAGAAGCUCUUCGGCGACCACAACCUCAUUUACAUGAUGGGUCAGGAUCACAAGGAUCUUCGCCGUCGCAUCGCUCCCAAUUUUACUCCCAAGGCGCUCUCCACCUACACUUCUCUGCAACAGAUUAUCAUCCUCGACCAUCUUAAGAAAUGGGUCCGCCUCUCGUCUCAGAGCGUGAUGAAACCGAUUGCACUGAGGAAUCUGGCUCGUGACAUGAACCUGGAAACUUCCCAGACAGUAUUUGUUGGUCCUUAUUUGGGCCGAGAGGCCCGCCAGAAGUUCAAGGUAGACUACACUCUCUUCAACGUUGGGCUCAUGAAGUUGCCCAUUGACUUUCCAGGGACGGCGUUUCGGAACGCCAGGCUCGGUGUUGACCGGUUGGUCAAAACUCUCGCUGUCUGUGCGGAACAGAGCAAGGUGAGGAUGGAGACGGGAGAGGAGCCGUCUUGUUUGAUCGAUUUCUGGAUGCAGGAGACUGUGAGGGAGCUGACGGCGGCAUCCAGAGCCGGCGAGCUAGCUCCUGCUCACACCAGCGACCUCGAGAUUGGCAGCUACCUCUUCGACUUUCUCUUCGCUGCGCAAGAUGCGUCGACGUCGUCGCUGCUGUGGGCCGUGACGCUCCUCGACUCGCAUCCUGAGGUGUUAGCAAAGGUUCGCGAGGAGGUUGAAUCCAAAUGGUCGCCGGACUCGGAUUCCUUGAUCACGGCGGAGCAGCUGGGGCAGAUGAAGUACACGCAGGCAGUGGCGCGUGAGGUAUUGAGGUACCGAACUCCGGCGACCAUGGUGCCCCACAUAGCCGGGGAGGACUUUCCGUUGACCGAAAAUUACACGAUUCCGAAGGGUACCAUCGUAUUUCCAUCGGUGUACGAAUCUUCAUUCCAGGGUUUCAGCGAACCGGACCGAUUCGAUCCGGAUAGGUUCUCAGAGGAGCGACAGGAAGAUCGGAUUUUCAAGCGGAACUACCUGGCGUUCGGAGCCGGGGCUCACCAGUGCUUAGGCCAGAGGUAUGCACUGAAUCACCUGGUCCUCUUCAUCGCGAUGUUCGCCACGUUGCUGGACUUCAGGCGCCACAGAACGGACGGCUGCGAUGAGAUUGCGUACGUCCCCACUAUUUGCCCCAAAGACGAUUGCAUGGUUUUCCUCUCGCAGCGGUGUGCACGGUAUCCGAAUUUCUCCGUACGAAAGGUCUAAAAUGCCCUUAUUCCCUGGAGCUGGUGGUGGUUGGGGUGGGGUAACAGGUAAUGUUGUUUGUUUGCCAUAUUUGUCGAGGGAUUGGUCAGGCCGUGUUUUUGUCUGUUCAUGUUGUAAUCUUUUCGUUUUUUUUUUGUAAAGAGCUUGUGGACGGUUAGGAUUCUUUGGAAAGGAGUGUGUGGAUCAUUGAAUGGUGGAUCAUUGGGUGGGCGUGGAGAAUCAUUUUUUAAAAAAAUAAAAAAUAAAAAGGGUCUGGGCCUGACUUCGAUAACAAACUCUAAAAACAC